CAUCGAUUCAUUAGUGGUAGCAAACAGUCUGGGGCUGAUCGCAUAGCCGAAAGGUUGGAUUGGUGCCUUAGAGAGCAUGGGGCAGGUGAAUUUAAGCAACAUUAUGUUCGCCAAGUGGUUUGGUAAUUUACUGCUUCUCAUUAUGUUGCUGAUUCUAGGAUCAGUGACCUGCAAACCGGUUUCGAAUGAUGGACCUCCGAUUACUACUAGCAGUGGACAGAACAGCAACAAAGACAGCUCGCAGAUUACUAUCGUGCGCUAUGAGAAUACCCGGACGGAAAAGGGAUAUAAAUUCGUGUAUGAAACUAGUGACGGGCAAGUUCGAGAAGAGGAAGGAACUCUCGUUAAAGGUGCUGACGGAAAGGAGUAUAUGACGGUGGAAGGACACUACAGCUAUAUUGGAACGGAUGGAGAGCAGUACGAGCAACACUAUGUGGCCGAUCAGGACGGAUAUAGACCGACAGAACCCCCGAUUGGAAUAUCCAAUAAUGUACUGUUGUCAUUAGUGGGGUAGUGAGAAUUUACAGACUGAUACGAACUUUGUGAUAUAAACUUUGAGAAUGGAAUAAAUGGUGUUUUUUAAUU